AUGGCCGAGUUAAAGCGUGCAAGAGAAGAGAACCAGAAGCUCACAUUCAUGAUAAAGUGUACAUGCAGUAAAUACCUCAGCUUGAAAACACAAGUCAUGAAACAGAAGGAAGAUAAAAAGAGAUAUUUUCUGAAAUCCAUGGCCAAGACUCUGAAGCUAAGCACAGACUUAGAAGGGGACAGUAUUAGGGGAACGUCCAGAGAAAAAGAUUAUGAUUGUUGCAUGGAUUUUAGUACUCCAUGUGGUUCAGAACACAAGAACUCCAAAUUUUGCAUGGAUGAUGAUCUGCAGCUAACGUUGCCAUGCAAGAGGAGGAACGUAGAAUAUGCGCUGCCAGAAGAGAGAAAUGAGAAUUCAUGGAGUAAAGAGGAUUCUCAGAAUAAGAAAGCCCAUGUUGAUGCAGGUGUGCAGGCGCAUAAGAAAAUCAUAACUGUGAGAAUAAAAUCACAGGUAAACGAUGGCUGCCAGUGGAGAAAAUAUGGGCAGAAAAUGACGAGAAACAAUGUUUGGCCCAGAGGAUAUUACAGAUGUGCAGUUCCUACUUGUCCAGUUAAAAAGCAAGUACAAAAGUGUGACCAAGAACCCACUUUUUUGACCAUUAAGUACGAAGGAGAACAUAAUCAUUUGGUGAAUGAGGAGGCCAUGGCCGCCAUUAAUGCAGCAAAGAAGGAGCUUCCCUUUCAGGCCUACAUUACCACAAUGGGUUCCUCUCCAAGCAUUACUCUCGACCUUAUAUAA